AUGUUGCAUUUAACUAAUGAAGAAAUUCGUGAUAAAUUAUUAGAAUUAAAUUGCAAAUGUGGUCCGGUUACGGAUACAACAAGAGACGUGUAUUUAAAAAAAUUAAAUAAUUUAAUAAAGGAGAAGAAUAAUGUUAAAAGAGAUGAAGUUUUAAAUGAUUCUGAUUUAUACAAUCAAUUAAUUUCAUAUGGACAAUCUGUUGCACCAAUAAAUUCAACAAACAGACAUAUUUAUAUGAAAAGAUUACAAAAUAUAAAAAAAUCUUUAAAAACUGAUGAUUCUAGUCAAACAAAUGAUAAUUCAAACACAGAUAAUUAUUAUGAACCUAUGGAAAUAGAUUAA